AUGCUCCGAUUACCAUACUCCCAAUUUUCUUCCUCCAUCAAUACUCUCAACCCUCGAUUAAAACUCUCCCCUGCUCGCCUCCUUGUUCAGAGUCGUUCAGCCUCAUAUCCCCUCUCCGCUUAUAGCCAUCGUUUCCAAUCCACCGCACAAGCCUCAUCCCCCUCCACCACCCCUCUCCCUCCCAAACCGCGCUCGCGAAUCCGCCGCUUCGCAGGCUUCGUCUCCAUCGCCCUCUUCGCCUUCACAGCAGGCCUAACCUACUCCUCCUACCGCAUCGUCUCCAAAAUCAUGGCCGAGCCCAUCCUCUCCGACGCGGAAACCCUCUCCGCCUACAACCCGGUCGACGCCAUCGCGCAAGAGGUAGACCAAACGCUCAAAAACCACCCAGACGCCGUCGCGCUCCGCGCCAACCCCGAAUUCAAAGAGUCGCGCCCCCACCUCAAGAUCCCCGAGGGCAUGCGCCCCCGCAGUCUGACGGCCGGCACUCUCUCCGGACCGAACAAGAUUGUUGUCCCGCCGUACGUGUUCAGCGAGCGCGAUGGCAAGAGCCUCGUCUCUUUCAUGUUCUUGGGCUCGGAGAUCUGCGGACAUCCCGGCAUUAUUCACGGAGGUCUGUUGGCGACGCUUUUGGAUGAGGGUCUGGCGCGGUGCUGCUUCCCGGCGCUGCCGAAUAAGGUCGCUGUUACGGCGAAUUUGAAUAUUGAUUAUCGGGCGCCGGCUAUGGCGAACUCGUAUGUGGCGUUGCGGGCGGAGACUACGAAGGUUGAGGGCCGGAAGGCGUGGGUUGAGGGCCGCAUUGAGACGCUUCCUCUUGAUGGUAGUGAGCCGGUUGUGUUGGUUCAGGCUAAGUCUUUGUUCAUUGAGCCUAAGCAGGCUGCUCUGUACCGUGGUGCGAACGAAUAA